AUGAAAGUUCAGAAGACACAGCCCGGUGCAAUUUUGUUUAUUUCUCAGUGUUUGGUCCUCCUGCUACUGGGGCUUUGCGAAGCUCGGUCGAAAGCAUCACGUGGAGUGGUAGUUCCUUUUGUUUUCGAUCCUAAAGCGAAGUGCGACCCUCCUUGUCAACAUGUGGGGCUAUGUAUCAGGAACAACACCUGCUUUUGUUCCAAAGGAUACGAGGGCGAUCUCUGCCAGUAUGUAACUUGUUAUCCCAAGUGCAAGAACGGCGGAGAGUGUCUCCGCCCUGGGAAGUGCCGAUGUCCACCUGGAGUUAGAGGAAGAUACUGCCACAAAGCUACUUGUGAUGGCGGCUGUCUCAAUGGUGGAGAGUGCAUCUCUGUAAACAGUGUUGUGAAGUGUCUCUGUUCCUCAGGCUGGAUGGGAUCAAGAUGCCAGGAAGCAAUCUGUCCCCAGGGAUGUCGGAAUGGUGGAAGCUGUUUGGCACCAGGUAUCUGUAAUUGUCAAGAUGGAUGGGUUGGUGGUGCCUGCCAUUUAGCGGUUUGUGACAUCCCUUGUGUACAUGGCGGGAAAUGCAUUGCGCCUAAUGUGUGCCGAUGUCGUGGAUCCUACACUGGUCCUCAAUGCAAACAAAAGAAAAAUGAAUGA